AUGUGCGAACGUGAUCCUCCGUUUUUCGUCACGCUUACCAUUCUUUCAGUGGAUCAGUUCAUGUUCAACUUCGGCACUUGGGACAGUCAAGCGCCCGUGCUUGAUGCGCGUCUUCAUGCAUUGCUUGUUUCCUCUCUUCGGCCGGCCGGCUCCAGCCUCACUCUCUCCAGCUCGGCUACUGCGGUUGCCGCCUCCGAGUCCUUUGCUUCUGUCUACGAGCCCGCCACGGGGCUCCUCUGCACCUGCGCUUCGGACUGCGCCUCUCUGGCCUCCGGCUUCGUCAUGGCAGACCCGCCAGAGUGGCAUCACUACGAGGUGAGCCAGCACCAACAUCAGCAGCAGCAGCAGCAUCAGCAUCAGCAUCAGCAACAACAAGAGGACCAAAACUGGUGUCAAGACACGUACCGGCCUCAGGAGCAGACGUCACGGAGUCUGCUGUCGAAGCGACAAGAGAAGGCGGCAGCGCCGUGCCAGACGCCGGCACAGGCCUUCUUGACCAGCGGCGACGGAGACGGACACGGAAACGGAGAGCAGCUGAUGAAACCGGUCAGGUGGCCGGCUCGAACGGUUGACGCAACGGACACGAGAAGUGAGAGGUCAGAGGUCGAGGCGAAUGAGAAGAAAGCGAAUUUAAAGGAAGAGGAGAAGAAGGAAGCAGAGGUGGAAGAUGGGCAAGGUGAUGCUGAUGAUGAUGCUGAUGAUGAUGAUGAUGAUGAUGAUGAUGUUGGUGAUGAUGCGGAUGAGGAGGCUGCGAGGGAGACAAGGAUUGUGAGGCUUCGAGAGGGCAAGUCGAGAGGCUUAAGACGGAGGAGCCCAAAGCCGGCUGGCGACGAAGAGGGCCAAAGGUCGCCGGGCUUCUCGAGAGGCCGAAUUGUCGCCUGCCUUCAGCGCUUCACGCAAUGGAGUCCCAACACGGAAAAGCAGUUGCAUCGCAGCACUUACGUCCGCCAGACGCGUAUCAUAAGCCGGGUAAGGCAUGAGGCGAACCAUCAUUGUAAUAUAUACGAAGAAAAGUUGGGUUUCGAGGAAUCUCUUAUUUCAUAA